GUUGGAUUGCCAAAAGUAUCCAAAUCAAGGUUACUCUUUUUUUUGGGAGGAUGUUUGGCAAAGUGAGGAUGUAAUGUGCCCCGCCCAAAAACCGUAGUCUCUCCAAUUAGACACUCUCACCAUCUCUAACCCCCCCUUUAUUUCCCGAUAUUUCUCGCCUCAGCAUCCAGGUUCCUUUCCCUUCGCCAUCGCUCCGAGUCCAUCCGUGUUCCAACAGUGAAAGCCCGCCGGAGCGGCGGCCCGCCAUGGCGCUCCACGCGGCGGUCCUUCCGGGGCUCUUCAUCUGCGACGCCGAGGGCGCCAAGGAGUACUCCACGCUCCGGUCCUGUGGCAUCAGCCAUGUGGUGGUGAUGGCUCGGAGCCUGCAGCCCGAAUUUCCAGGAUCGUUCCAAUACCUCCAAGUCGACCUUUUGGAUGAUGGCACUGACGAUUUGCUGGCUCAUCUUCCGCGCAUCUUCUCCUUCCUCGACAAUGCCUUUCAGCGGCAAGGCAAGGUGCUGGUACACUGCUUUGCAGGUAUGAGCCGCUCCGCUUCUACGGUGAUUGCAUAUGUGAUGCGACAGUGGCAGCUGCCCUUUGAUCUAGCCUUUGGCAUGCUGAAAGAGAUGUAUCCAAAGGCUGCACCAGCUGCGAAUUUCUGCGAGCAAUUGCGUGUCUUCGAAGAAGCCCAUUUCAGUCUUGCUGACGAGGAGGGAUCGCAAGUGCUUCCACAGGUUCCACUCGGUUCCGCGCAUCGUAGGAAUCAGGAGCAGCUCGCUGCAGAUGAGCAAAUGGGUGACUUGGUGACGAGGGCAGGAGAUGAAACAAAGCUCAGAGCAUGUUGCUGCGACAUGAGUAAGUCAUCUGACAAAACACCCGCAGAGGAUUGUAAUGCUGAUGUCGCCCAAGGAGCUGGAUCAUACGGAUUUUGGCAGAAGGCGCUGGUCCAAUUGUAUAUCCAAGAGGGGACAAGCACAAUCAUCGCGGAGAAGAAGAUGCUUGCAGCUUGGGCACUCAGCCACGAGCCCUCAUGGCAUCUUUAUGUGCAAGAAUGGAAGAAGAGCUCAUUUAAGACCGUUGACCUGCACAUCGCAAGCGCACUGCGGCAAGAGUUCGUACGCACCGCACACAAAGACGUCGGAGAAGCUGGUGAGAGCAGGGACGGACAAGGGCCGGCUUUCGUGUAUUGUUGCAUCAAAUGUCGAGAAGCCUUAUUCACUAGCGACCAUGUGCUACAUGAUUGCGCUAGUGGAUACUAUGUCGAACCCAUGCAGUGGAUGAUGACGAGCGCUGCACAGGGAAAGCUGGCGUGCGCAUGCGGUGCAAAGCUCGGAGGCUUUACAUGGAAUGGGCAAAUGUGCAUGUGCGGCACGUUGAUGGCUCCUGCAUUCAGCAUUCACAAGAAGAAGGUAGAGUGGAAGAGUGUCGACCAGUUCAGUGGAGACACCCCUAAACCCAAGUUUGGGUGAGCAUAUAUAGCGACAUCCGCAAGAAAAAGCAUGGGUUGAGAUGUCGAGGAGCAGUAUUCUUCAUGUAGCCGAAUGUAUAGUGUACAGAUGUGUACAGGCACCGCUACAUCUACUGACACUGCCCACGCUUCACCCCAACGACGCCUAUACAGAUGUGCCCAUAUACGAUGCGCGUCGCUGAGAAAUAUGGCGGAUGACUGUCACUGUUCCGAUAGAAUUGGAGAGUCCAAAUGUUUGUCGUUCGAUUUCGGAUGGGACUUGAUCAGGCAAUUGGUGUAUCCUGGCAAUUGGCGUUGCUCGAUGGGAAUGGAUGCUUGAGGUGAUGAAUUAAAGGUUUGAUGGAGUCUCCACGAGGGUGCUUAGGAACGCCCUAGCCUGGCUUUCGCAUUGACGCUCAAGUCAGCAGAUAUCAAUGGAGCUCCCUUGGCUUUGGUCGAAGUCGAGGAUUGGUGACCCACGGUGAUCCUAUCGCAUCUGUUUUUGGGCUUGGGAUUUCACGAUGAAACCCUAUGACCCGAAAUGUGGGCAGAAGAAAAGAGGGUCGGAACUGCAAGAAGAGUUUCGACCCAUACGCCACGAGUGUUUG